CAAUUCCCCAUCAGCAAUUCUCAAUAUCAUUUGCAUUUCACCCCUGUUUUUUCUGAUAGUACAUGAUGGAUGCUUGCUGAUCAGGUACUUUACAUUUAGAAGAUCUUGAGCACUGUUCUCUUUGCUUCAAGGCUUACUUCAAGGCUUAUUUGGGAAUAUCUAUCCACCUCUUCGUCAGGAGUUCAUCACGGUAUUGAUAAUCACGGAGAUGACCACGAUGAGGAUCAACUUCAUCAUCGGUGAAACACUAGAUACAACCAAAUGAACGAUGUGAUGAAGAAAAUGGCACAGUGAAGAUUGUAUGAUGUGAGUCUGCAGCCGUGCAGCGCCGGUGACUUCCAUCACGGGUUGUUGAAUAGAGACUGUGGCUGGGCGUGAUGUGCAGGUGGGAUCCUCACGACACGACUGACUGCGCCACCGCAUUACAUCAACUGCAACAAGCUACAAUUCCAGAUGCUUCUACCGAAAUAAUAAUUGAAACUCCGAAGAUGUUGACGCAGGAUACACAGAACUGCUAGAGCAGCACUCUGCUCUAUUCUAGUCUUUUGCUAAAGGAUGAAGUACAAGUAUGGUCGACAAACAUGAUACUGCUCACUACAUCUUCUUUUACGACGACUAAGAAGCGUAGACGAAGUAAAGUUGAUGUGGAGUAGUACAAGAAACAGAAUGUUUGUUGUGCAAGAACGAGGACAAGAGAGCUGCAUGGUAGGAAGCUGACAAUGUAACCACCAGGAGACGAUAGAACAGAAACUUGUGAUUUCCUUCUCGCAUGAUCAACAGAACGUUCCAUCCACCACCAACAACGACAAGUUCUCUUUUAAGUACUAUAAUCAAAAAAGAAGCAAAAUAACUUCUAAAACAACCACAAGAACAUCAAGAACAAAAACCACAAGAGGAGCGAAUUCAACUUCUUCGGAAGUUGAAGAACACGAAGAAUGACGGACUUAGAUUCCCUUGAGUCCUCUCCUAGAGGAGAGGGCACGCUGUUGAAACAAUGGCAGCAAGUGAAAUCGACAGGCAUGCCACCAAGGCAAAGGUCGCUGCACGUAGGAAUCGUGCUCAACGACUGCUUGUGGAUAUUUGGAGGGUAUUUUAACUUCUACGGCAUCAAGGGAGAAGUUGUUUUUUGGAGGAAGUGCCAGUAGAGUUGCAGUUGGCGUUCGUUCACGACCACGAAGACGAAGUCCACAUACUUACUCAGCUGCCACAUUAUUACUCUUAUAUUUAUUAGACAUUUUGACUUCUGCUACAAGUACAUUUAGCGUUACACAGUACGCUUCAUCUUCAUCUCAACAGAUAUGACGGCAGCAACCGAGUGAACGACCUGUAUAAAUUCGAUUUCAAGCGCUCGAAAUGGUCCCAGAUACAGACCCAAAGUAGUCCCAGUGUCCGCGAUCGGCAUGUCGUGGUAGCAUAUAAGGAUAGCCUGUUUAUGGCGUCACCACCAUUCGUAACCACUUCCUUGUAGUCACAGUCUUAGGUUAUCUGCUUCUGCUGGCUUAGUCGUCUCAUCUCUACCCUUCUACCUCUCCUACCAACCCAUUCUAAUCCUGACAUCUUCGGUGGCUACGAUGGGAACAAUAGAGUGAACGACUUUUGGGAGUUUGACACGGUUAGGUCAGAGUGGGCAGUAGUGAGCGGCGAAGGCAUGCCACCAAGUGCACGACAUUCACAUGCAGGAGUGGAGUAUAAGUAUGGCCAUGAUAGAGGAGCACUUCUCUACUUCUACUUAUCGUGGUGAAUAAUUGUCCAUGUCCUCCGACGAUGGCCUCUUUGAGAAAUAGCAUUUCGGCACUUUCUAUGAAAGAAAAAAGUGCACUCACACUGACUCAAAAAAAGUGGCUACUUUCCUACUUAGAUCCUAGGCAAUCUAACUUUGUAAAUCCACCUAGCCAAUUUCUUGCUGAGAAAUAACAUUUCAACAAAACUUUGUUCUUCAUACUCCUGGUUGCACAUACAUCUUUGCGGGAUAUGACGGUAAUUACCGAAACGACUUCCACGAGUUCAACUUUAGUACGAGGAGAUGGAGCCUUGUGAAUGUCCGUGGGCAACAGCCGAAAGCGCGAUAUAGGACUUCCGCUGCGUCGUAUAAGAACAAGAUGGUAGUUAUUUUAAGGGUCGGUCGUUGAAGGUGCUUUUCUUACAACCGCUUUUUAUGCCUCUCCUAAGGGAGAAUGAGAAAGGCAUAACAAGCGGGGUAAGCGAGCACCAAGAGCCUACCUCUAAUUAUUGGCGGCCACGAUGGUCAGAAGCACCUCAACGACUUCUACCAAUUCGACUUCGACACAGAAGUUUGGAGCUUAGUGGAGGUAAUGCUCUUGAUAUUGUUGAAACAAGUAAAAAUGUCAUCCUUGUUGAGCUUGAGGACGAAAGCUGUUGUAGCAUGAUCACAAACCAGGUAGCAAACGGCUUCGCCCCAAGUCCAAGAGAUAGUCAUAGCGCGUGUGUCUAUGGGGAUUGCCUCUAUCUCUUUGGGGGCAGUACUGGGCAUGCGAGAAAUGACCUGUAUGAGUUCAGGUUUGACAGUAACACUUGGGCAGAAAUCAAGCCACUAGCGGCAUCGUCAGGCCAACAGCAGACUUUUGUCGGGGCAGCUGGAGCGGCAGGAGGGGUUAAUGAUAUGGUGAUCACUGUACAAGCAUAAUCAUGCUAGUUCUAAAUAUUGUAUCUAGUUUGUGCUUCAAAAAUGAUCUGCUGCAUUGUUGUCCUGCUCCUGGCAUUGUUGUCGGCAAUCAGAGCUUCAUUCUCCAUUUCGUUUCCACGCAAUAAUCUUGAACUGCCACUAAUAAAGGAGCAAACGACCAAGCCGCGGAUCGACCGCAGUCAAGUCGAGGAAGCACCCCUUGUCCCAGAUUCUGCCAUACAGGAGUGGUCUACAACAGUUGUCUCUACAUAUUCGGAGGCUACGAUGGGCAUAAUAGGCUAAACGACUUUCGAGCUUUUAGAUUAUUAUGAAUGGUUUUACGACUAUGUCCCUUCAUCCCAGCACAUCACGACAGAUAGUCUUACAUAGUUCUGAAGAUGAACACCUCCAAGUAGGAAGGAGCAGGAAGACGAUCUUCCUCUACUACUUCACAAGAUAUUCCUCUAACACUCGUCGACGAGAUCAACGUCGAGAUACCUCCGACGACGCUAGUAAGUGACCUGCGGAACGCGCUGAACGACCCCAAGUUUUCAGACGUGACCUUUACUCUCGAUGAUGGCAGGGAGAUACAUGCGCAUAAGCUUUUGUGCAUGCGAUGUCUCUAUUUCAAAGCCAUGUUCGAAGGCUCACUUCGAGAAGCGACGCAGCGGGUUAUACCGAUAAAGAACAUCGCAUACGAAGUCUUCCAUUCGUUGUUAGAGUACUUGAUGCUACAAACUCUUCUGUGCUCCUACUUGUGAACUGUGUGAUGAAUUUAGAUUUUUUUCGCAUUCCCCUGUACAACAACUACAGUCCUCCCUUCUAGUUCAUGAUUCAUGUUUCUGGUUUACGCCGGAAAUAACAGCAGAGCGAAAACCUAAUAAAGACCUCUCCACUACGUUCUCGCAUUACCACACCCAAUCCGAAUAGGUACCUCUACACCGACGAUAUCGAGAUCAACCUCUCCAUGGCGAUGGACCUGUUCGUCGCAGCAGACCAGUUUGGUGUGGAAAGACUGAAGAAGUUGUGCGAGAAGAAGAUCCUAGUAUCGAUCAACACUGAAAACGCGGCGACGAUAUUUAUGCUGAAGAUACUAGUGCGUUUUGAAUUUGUUGAUGGAAGUGGAACGUCCUCCAGCUUAAGAAAGUCUUAGUCUUAGAUUGCCGCGGCGUAGGGGUAGGAGAGAAAAUCUUGCAAGAAGACGAGUUCACGAAAACAAGUACCAGCCUCCUGACUGAGAGUUGAGAAGAUUAUAGCAGAAAAAGAGGACAUGAACAUGAUUAUUUUCCCUUAUUUGUACGCUUGACUUUGAUCCGCUUGAAACAUAGGACAAUAAAGGUGCAUAACAACCGCACCUAUCGCUAAUUUUCUACAAGCGGCGAACAUGCACCACGCACUUGGGCUACGGCAGAGCUGUAUGGAGUUCAUCCUUACGCACUUCGAUACGGUAUCGAAAACUUCCGCCUUCGAAGGCAUGGGCCGCAACAACGUGGAGCUUGUCUUUGAAAUACUGAAGAGGAGAUAAGUAACAGCUGCACAGCUGGUGCUGCUCUACGUACUCCUAGUAAGAUGUCAACAUCCUUUUUACAAUUUCUCUCGGACGUUACCUGUCGAGAUCAACAAUAAAACUAACAGUUGUUCCUUCUUAAGAACAAGCAACGAGAACAAAUUUGAUUUCAAAAUGACUACUUGUUUUUACAGCGUAUAAUAGCAUAAGUAGAAAACUCCUAUUCGACUUUACGAACCAACUGUUCGUGAAGUUAAUGAAUACAAUGUAUGAUGUUAAGUACUAAUUCCAAUACAAGCGCCGGAGGUUUGUUGUAGCUGCUAGACUACCACUGGAAGAUCCCCCAUCAAUACAACUAAGGGGAUUUUUAUGCAGUUCGUGAUCGUGACUUUUUUUUGCAUCAGGUAAGGUAGAAGUAGGUAGUACUCAGCUAACAAUUCCUUCAUCAAGAUCAAGCUCAAAUUAUGUUGUACCAUCGUGCUAACGCUAAGCCUAAGUAUGUCUUUUUUGAUUCCUUUAUUCACCUUCGUCUUGGUUCUGUUAACAAUUUGGAAAGACUGUAACUACUCUAGUUGGUACUCUAGUUGGGUAAAGGUUUCACCAUUGAUGAAUUCUUUGCAUGACGCUUUAGCUGUAGCUCCGUUUACGGAGUACAUCAAGUUUUGAAAUUGAUCUAUAAUAGACGCAUCGCUGACCUACUUCCUGAUGAUCUUGUUCAUAAUUAUGUUUAGUUGACCGUGUUGACGCAGAAGAUGUACUAGAUAAACAACUGGUGCCGCAACAACUCCAGCACCUCCUUCGUCUGAGCAAAGAUAAAGAAAUAUUGGAACCGAUCGAAGAAGGAGACGUUCCUGAAUUAUGGAUGCAAAGAACCUGUUUUACCAGCUUUUUCAUCACAU